AGAUUCCCUUCCCCUAACCCCGUGGACAACGCUGGCCUGUUCUCCUACGUCACAGUGUCAUGGCUCACCCCACUCAUGAUCCGAGGUUUACGAAAUCGCCUAGAUGAGAACACCAUCCCUUUGUUGUCAGUUCAUGAUGCCUCAGCCAAAAAUGUCCAAAGGCUUCACCGCCUUUGGGAAGAAGAAGUCUCAAGGUGUGGGAUUGAAAAGGCUUCAGUGUUUCGCGUGAUGCUGAGGUUCCAGAGAACAAGGAUUAUUUUCAAUCUGCUUGUGACCUGCUGCUUCGUGAUCAUGAGUGUACUGGGGCCAGUGCUGAUUAUACCAAAGAUCCUAGACUACUCCGAAGAGCGGUCAGGGGACGUCGUCCAUGGAGUGGGACUGUGCCUUGCCCUUUUUCUCUCUGAGUGUCUGAAGUCUGUGAGUCUUUGCUCCAGUUGGAUCAUCAACCAGCACACGGGCAUCAGGUUUCGUGGGGCCAUUUCCUCCUUUGCCUUUGAGAAGCUCAUACAAUUUAAGUCUCUAACGCACAUCACCUCGGGUGAGGCCAUCAACUUCUUCACCAGCGACCUCAACUACCUGUUCGAGGGGGUGUACUACGGCCCCCUGGUGCUGCUCGCCGGGAUGUCCCUGGUCGUCUGCACCGUUUGCAUCUGCCUCAUUCUUGGGCCCACUGCGCUCUUUGCCACUCUCUGCUAUCUCCUGAUUUUCCCGCUGGAGGUGCUCAUGACCAGAGUGGUCCUGAAGACGCAGCACCGCACAUCCCAGGUCAGCGACCAGCGCAUCCGGGUGACCAGUGAACUUCUCACUUGCAUGAAGCUGAUCAAACUGUACACCUGGGAGAAACCAUUUGCAAAAAUAAUUAAAGACCUGAGAAGGAAGGAAAAGACGCUGCUAGAGAGGAGCGGGUUGCUGCAGAGCCUGACCACGGCCAACCUGUUCCUCUCCCCGACUGCGGCCUCAGUAGUCAUGAUCCUCAUCCACAUAUUCCUAGGAAGGAAACUCACAGCUUCAUUAGCCUUCACUGCAGUGGCGACCUUGAAUCCCCUUCGGGUGGCAGUGUUCUAUGGGCCCUUUGCAAUCAAAGGCCUCACGAAUUCCAAGUCUGCGGUGGAGAGGUUCAAGAAAUUUUUCCUCCAGGAGAGUCCUGUUUCCUAUGUCCAGGAAUUGCAAGACCCUAGCAAAGCUCUGGUUUUGGAGGAUGCUACCUUGUCAUGGAGACAGACCUGCCCUGGGAUUGUUAAUGGGGCAUUGGAGCUGGAGAACAGGCAUGCUUCUGAGGGGAUGACCAGGGCUCAGCCGCCUCUAGAUGCCCUCAGGCCAGAGGACAAAGAGUACAGCCUGGGCCCAGCAUUGCACAAGAUCAACCUGAUGGUGUCAAAGGGGACGAUGUUAGGGAUCUGCGGCAACACAGGGAGCGGCAAGAGCAGCCUGUUGUCGGCCAUCCUGGGGGAGAUGCACUUGCUCGAGGGCUCGGUGGGGGUGCACGGAAGCCUGGCCUAUGUCCCCCAGCAGGCCUGGAUCAUCAGGGGUAGCGUCCGGGACAACAUCCUCCUGGGAGGCCGGUAUGACAAGGCCCGAUACCUCCAGGUCCUCCGUUGCUGCUCCCUGAAUCGGGACCUUGAACUGCUGCCCUUUGGAGACAUGACGGAGAUCGGGGAGCGGGGCAUCAACCUCUCUGGGGGCCAGAGGCAGAGGAUCAGCAUGGCCCGUGCUGUCUACUCUGACUGUCAGCUCUACCUGCUGGACGACCCCCUCUCGGCCGUAGACGUCCACGUGGGGAAGCACAUCUUUGAGGAGUGCAUUAAGAAGAUGCUCAAGGACAAGACCAUUGUCCUGGUGACCCACCAGCUGCAGUACUUAGAGUCUUGUGACCAGAUCAUUUUGCUAGAAGAUGGGAGAAUCUGUGAGCAUGGAGCUCACAGUGAGUUAAUGCAGAAAAAGGGGCGGUAUGCCCGCCUCGUCCAGAAGAUGCAGCCGGAGGAAGCAAAGCAGGUGAUUUCCACCCUGCCCGCCCUCACUGCCCACGGGCAGAGUGCCCCUGUGCUCACGGCGUGCGCCCUCUCACAGGACACGGCACGGGACACAGCAAAGACAGCGGAGAAGCCACAGGCAGAAGCUCGGGCUCAGGCCACCUCCCAGGAAGAGUGUCUCAGCGAGGCCACUGUGCCAGAGCAUCAGCUCACGGACAAGGAGAGGAUGGAAGAAGGUUCCCUGAGCUGGAGCGUCUACCACCACUACAUCCAGGCGGCCGGAGGGUACGUGGUCUCUUUGGUGGCUUUCCUUCUCAUGGUCCUGAUGGCCUCCCUCAUGACCUUCAACUGCUGGUGGCUGAGCUACUGGCUGGGGCAGGGUUCAGGGACCAACAGCAGCCGAGCGAGCAACGGGACCACUGCAGGCCCAGGCGACAUCAGGGACAAUCCCCAGCUGCCCUUUUACCAACUGGUGUACGGCCUCAGCCUCCUGCUCCUGGUCUGUGUGGGCAUUUGCUCCUCGGCCUCCUUCACCAGGAUCACCCGGCGGGCGUCCACGGCCCUGCACAACCGGCUGCUGAGCAAGGUUUUCCGCUGCCCCAUGAGUUUCUUUGACAAGAACCCAACAGGCCGACUCUUGAAUUGCUUUGCGGGGGACUUGGACGAGGUGGACCAGGUCUUGCCCAUCGUUGCUGAGGAGUUCCUGCUGCUGUUUCUGGUGGUGGUCACCAUCCUGCUGAUUAUUGUUGUGCUGUCUCCGUAUAUCCUGCUGAUGGUGGCCAUCGUCAUCAUGGUUUGCCUCGUGUAUUACACGAUGUUCAAGAGAGCCAUCAACCUGUUCAAGAGACUGGAGAGCUGCAGCCGGUCUCCUUUAUUCUCCCACAUCCUCUCCUCUCUCCGUGGCCUGAGCUCCAUCCACAUCUACGGGAAAUCGGAAGCCUUCGUCAGCCAGUUCAAACGGCUGACUGAUGUGCAGAAUAACUACCUGCUGCUGUUUCUGUCCUCCACGCGGUGGGUGGCCUUGCGGCUAGAGAUCAUGAUCAACCUGGUGACCUUGGCCGUGGCCUUGUUCGCGGCUUUUGGCACCUCCGACAGCUCCUACAAAGCCAUGGUUAUCAGUCUGGUGCUGCAGCUGGCGUCCACCUUCCAGGCCACCGCCCGGAUUGGCUCGGAGACAGGGGCGCACUUCACGGCCAUUGAGAGGAUGCUGCAGUACCUGAAGAUGUGUGUCUCUGAGGCUCCUUUACACAUGGAAGGCGUGAGUUGUCCCCACGGUUGGCCACAGCAUGGGGAAAUCACAUUCCAGGAUUACUGGAUGAAAUACAGAGACAACACACCUGUCGUCCUGCAAGGCAUCAACCUCACCAUCCAUGGCCACGAAGUGGUGGGCAUCGUGGGAAGGACGGGCUCCGGGAAGUCCUCCUUGGGCAUGGCUCUCUUCCGCCUGGUGGAGCCUGUGGCAGGACGGAUUCUCAUCGAUGGCGUGGACAUCUGCAGCAUUGGCCUGGAGGACCUGCGGUCCAAGCUCUCGGUCAUCCCUCAAGACCCGGUCCUGAUGUCAGGAACCAUCAGAUUCAACCUAGAUCCCUUUGACUGUUACACAGACGAGCAGAUCUGGGACGUCCUGGAGAGGACAUUCCUGACCAGGAUGAUCUCAAAUUUACCCGAAAGACUGCACGCGGAAGUGGCGGAGAAUGGUGAGAACUUCUCUGUCGGGGAGAGGCAGCUGCUCUGCAUUGCCCGAGCUCUCCUCCGCAACUCCAAGAUCGUCCUUAUUGAUGAAGCCACAGCCUCCAUCGACGUGGAGACUGAUGCCCUGAUCCAGCACACAAUCCGCGAAGCCUUCCAGGGGUGCACACUGCUGGUCAUCGCCCAUCGCGUCACCACCAUCCUGAACUGUGACCGCAUCCUGGUCAUGGACAGCGGGAAGGUGGUGGAGUUCGACAGCCCCGAGGCCCUGCAGAAGCAGCCGGGAUCGCUGUUCGCAGCCCUGCUGGCUGGAGCCAGUUCUUCGCUGAGCUGAGGAGAAGUGAGACCGCACAGAGGCAGCAGCCGAGCUCAGAGGUUCAUCAAGAUGCAGCUUCGAGGUCUGCAGCCUGUGACCUUCUUGUCUGGAGAGGGCAUCUUCUCCUGGCAGCAGGGCUGACAUGUGGGGAGGGGUGCUGGGUGGGAAAAUGAGAUGGAGGGAGAAAAACCUGGAAUAGGCCAUUCUGUGGCUUCUAAAACCUUAGAAGCCCCCCACUAUUUGAGACCACAGGGUCCAAUGAUCACAUGUCUCCUUUUGACUUAUACGUUACAUAAUUUCGUAAUAUCGUAAAAGCUUAUCAUAGUAUUCUGAUCUGUGUUAGAAGUAUUGCAAAUGAUGUAUUGAUUUUAUAAAAAAUAAAACUAAAAA